AUGGCCACCUUACUGAUCAACUGUAAUACUGCUUUAAUGGCGUCCAGAGCUAAACCAAAGAAAGGACACAGCUCGGUUCGUGCCGCGACGGAUAAGCUGAGCAAAGCUGUAACUGUGGAGAAAACUGAGUUUCGAAAAGCAGGGAAGCUGGCAGCUUGGACGAGCAUAAGGCAGGAAAGGUGGGAGGGAGAGCUCCAACUACAGGGAGAAAUCCCUCUCUGGCUGAAUGGCACAUACCUAAGGAACGGGCCGGGCCUAUGGCACAUCGCCGACUACUAUUUCCGCCACCUUUUCGACGGCUACGCCACCCUCGUCCGCCUCCACUUCCACCACGGCCGGCUAGUCGCCAGCCACCGCCAAAUCGAAUCGGAAGCCUACAAAGCCGCCAAGAAGAACAACCGCCUCUGCUACCGCGAGUUCUCCGAGGCCCCAAAGCCCGACGGGUUCUUCUCCUACGUGGGCGGGCUGGCCCAACUCUUUUCCGGCGCUUCACUAACCGAUAAUGCCAAUACUGGGAUCGUACGGCUUGGAGACGGCCGCGUCGUGUGCCUAACGGAGACGGUGAAGGGUUCCAUCCAGAUAGAUCCGGAGACGUUGGGUACUAUUGGGAGGUUUGUGUAUACGGACGGGCUGGGCGGGCUCAUCCACUCGGCCCACCCGAUGGUGACGGAGACGGAGUUGGUGACGUUGUUGCCGGAUUUGGUGCGAGCGGGGUAUACGGUGGUGAGGAUGGAAGCGGGGACAAAUGAGCGGAGGGUGGUUGGGCGGGUCGACUGGGCGGGCCGGACACCGGGCUGGGUUACACUCGUCUUCCGAUGCCGGCAGCACUCAUGUAGAACAUAUACCGAGAUUCUAUUACCAACCUCCGGUAUUUCUCGGUACAGCUCGGUGAAGACGGUAAGAUCCGCCAUAAUCGCCGACUGCUGCGAGCAUCACGGUAACGCAAGUAUUCUUGAUAAACUAGCCUCGGAUUUCAAAUCACUCGCCGGCAGGAUGUCCUACCCGAAACGCAGGGUGGGAGAAAGUUUUACCUCAGUAUGGGAUUGGGCCCGUUCGCCGGAACCACUGGAAUCAGCGCUGGACGAAGAGCAUGAAAGGGGAAUUUGACAUGUGCAGCUAAAUCCCUAUCGAAGCCGCCGUACUCGCUACGCUUAUGCCUGUGGGGGCCAACGCCCCUGCAAUUACCUAAAAACCUUUCAAGAGAAUUUCUGCAACGCAAAAAUACCAUGA